GGCGCGGAAGCGGCAGUGGAUGGGGGCAAAGUCGCCGGCGCGCGGAUGCUGGCGGCGCGGCACGUCGUGUGCGCCCUGUCCGGCGGCGUGGACAGCGCCGUGGCCGCGCUGCUGCUUAGGCGCAGAGGUUACCAGGUGACAGGGGUGUUUAUGAAGAACUGGGACUCGCUGGAGGAGCAAGGAGUUUGCACCGCGGACAAAGACUGCGAAGAUGCGUAUAGAGUCUGCCAGAUCUUGGACAUCCCCUUCCACCACGUGUCCUACGUGAAGGAGUACUGGAACGACGUGUUCAGUGAUUUUCUAAAUGAAUACGAGAAAGGAAGGACUCCCAACCCAGACAUCAUCUGCAACAAGCAUAUCAAAUUCAGGUGUUUUUUCAGUUACGCUCUGAAUAAUCUUGGAGCAGAUGCAGUUGCCACGGGCCACUAUGCAAGAACUUCGCUGGAGGAUGAAGAAGUCUUUCAGCAGAGGCACAUUAAGAGGCCGGAAGGGCUUUUUAGAAAUCGAUUUGAGGUCAGAAAUGCGGUAAAGCUCCUCCAAGCAGCCGACAGCUUUAAAGACCAGACCUUCUUUCUCAGCCAGGUUUCCCAGGAGGCCCUGAGGAGAACCCUCUUCCCUCUGGGGGGACUCACGAAAGACUUUGUAAAGAAAAUAGCUGCUGAGAACGGACUUCAUCAUGUGCUUCAGAAAAAGGAGAGCAUGGGCGUCUGCUUUGUUGGCAAGAGGAACUUCGAAAGUUUCAUCCUUCAGUAUUUGCAGCCGCGACCUGGUAAAUUCAUUUCUAUAGAGGACAAUAAAGUUCUGGGAACGCAUAAAGGCUGGUUCCUGUACACUCUGGGCCAGAGAGCCAACAUUGGCGGCCUGCGCGAGCCCUGGUACGUGGUGGAGAAGGACGGCGCCCGGGGCGACGUGUUUGUGGCCCCGCGGACGGACCACCCGGCCUUGUACCGGGACCUGCUGCGCACAGGCCGCGUGCACUGGAUCUCGGAGGAGCCGCCCGCAGCCCUGGUCCGGGACAAGAUGAUGGAGUGCCACUUCCGCUUCCGCCACCAGAUGGCGCUAGUGCCCUGUGUGCUGACCCUCAACCAAGACGGCACCGUGUGGGUGACGGCAGUGAAAGCCGUGCGGGCCCUCACCCUGGGACAGUUCGCCGUGUUCUACAGCGCGGGCGAGUGCCUGGGCAGCGGGAAGAUCCUGCGCCUGGGGCCGUCUGCCUACACGCUCCAGAGGGGCCGGAGCCGGCCCGGAGCGGCUGCCGCGGGCCCUGGCGACAGCGAAGGUGACGGCCUGGGCUCGGGCCCCGCACCCUGAGCGACCGGAACGGGCGGGCG